AUGGAGAAACUAAAUCAGACGAUGGUGACAUUUUUCUUUAUCAAAGGGAUCUCAGAUGUUCCUGAGCUUCAAGUUCCCAUCCUUCUUCUGGUCGCCCUCAUUUAUCUCAUGACUCUUGGGGGAAACAUGACCAUUCUUCUUUUGGUCUGCCUGGACCAUCAUCUCCAUACUCCUAUGUACUUCUUCUUGGUUAAUUUGUCCAUUGUUGACAUGUGUUCUUCCACGGUUACUUUACAUACCAUGCUUCUCAUAGGAAUAACUGGCAACAGAACCAUCUCCUAUCUAAGAUGCAUAGCCCAGAUCCAUUUCAUGGGAUGGUUUAUCAAUGAGGAACUGUUGUUCUUGACGGUCAUGAGCUAUGAUCGAUAUGUGGCUAUCUGUAACCCUUUGAGAUACAGAAUGAUCAUGAACCAAAGAAUGUGUGCCUUGUUGGCAUCUGUAUGUUGGGUACUUGGUGUUUUAGAAAUAACUCCUUAUGUUGUUUUGGUCACAGGUUUUUCAUGUUAUAAUUCCAAUGUAGUCAACCAUUUCUUCUGUGAUCUUUUGCCUGUUAUAAAACUCUCCUGCAGUGACACUUCAGUAUUGCAGACCUUGUUCAUUGUGGAGGGAGCAGUUAUUUUGACUCUUGUCCCUUCCUUAUUAAAAGUCAUUUCAUAUGUUUUUAUUAUAACCACCAUCUUAAAGAUCCGUACUAGCAAUGGGAGAAGGAAAGCUUUCUACACAUGUUCCUCACACCUCACAGUGGUCAUCUUGCUCUACACCACAUUAAUCUAUCAAUAUCUGAGGCCUAUAUCACCUGAUAGCCUGGAGAACAAUAAGUUGUUUUCUCUGAUCAACACGGGUGCUGUUCCUGUGUUAAACCCUCUUAUAUACAGCUUGAAGAAUAAAGAUGUCAAAGCAGCUUUCCGGAGAAAAGUUCAUUCUUUCAUAGAUAAAGUUACAUAG